CCGAGCAGGAGACAGGGCUUCUUGAAUAGCUCAACUUUUAAUGUAUGCGGGCCGACGCAGCCAGUGUGUGCGGGCGCACGGUUUUGUUCUCCUUUGCGCAUUCUUGUGUUCGUCUGUACGCCUCAAGCUCGCACCGGCUGGCCGCUUUACCAGUUUGGCAGUCUAUUUUUGAUUAAAUCGGUGGUGUGUCGGACUCUUUAUGCCUCUACUCCUCCCGCAACUUUUAUCAGGACUUUACUGAGCGACAGACUGCAUGGACCAGACUGAACAUGAAGAGCCUCAAAGCCAAGUUUAGAAAAACCGAUACCCAUGAGUGGAACAAGAAUGAUGAGCGGCUGCUUGCUGCGGUGGAGCAUGGCGAGGUGGAGAAGGUGGCAUCGCUGCUCGCCAAGAAAGGUGCCAGUGCCGUCAAGCUUGACAGUGACGGCAAAUCAGCUCUUCAUGUUGCAGCCUCCCGCGGUCAGACAGACUGUCUGUGUGUCAUCCUGGCCCAUGGAGCCGACCUGUCAGUCACUGAUGCUGCAGGUUUCACUGCCUUACACCUGGCUGCCAAAAACAACCAUCUGGAAUGUUCCAAAAAGCUCAUUCAGAGUAAAUGUACAGUGGAUGCUGUAGACGGCUCAGGGAAGACUGCGCUGCAUCAUGCAGCUGUCAGUGGGAACAUCCAGAUCGUCCAACUGCUGUGUGAACACAAGAGUCCCGUCAACCUCCGAGAUGCAGACGGGCUCACUCCCCUUCUGCUGUCGGCCCGACACGCUCAUGCUGAACUAUGUAGUGCUUUGCUGGAUUGGGGUGCUGACAUCAACGCAUCAGAUAACAGUGGCAGGACGGCGCUCAUGCUGGCCAGCGAGUCCAACAGCGUGCCUGUCGUCGAAAUCCUGGUCCGCAGAGGAGCAGACCUGUGGGCCGUGGACUCACAGGGCCACGACGUCUUGUACUACGCCAAGCUGUCGGGCGGCUCGGAGGUCAAAACGGCCCUCAAUGCUGCCCUGCACCGACAGCAAGACUCAGAUGUCAAGUCUCCAAGAACUCCUCAGCAUGAUCAAGUAGCUAAACUAAGUGAUGAACGGAUCACAACCCCCAAAAAACGAAAAGCACCUCCACCUCCUAUUAGCCCACCGCAGAAUUCUGGGCUCUCUUCUCCUUCAUACAACGUCUCCAGUGGGACUCCUGUGUCCAGCAAAAGUGAAACCCCGAAGAGUUUCAACUACAAGGAGGAUGAGGUGAGAGGAGCGUCACUGAGAGAGGAGGUUGAGAAGCUGCAGGAGGAGAAAAGCAUGUUGUUGGAGACAAUCAACGACUUGAAGCAGAUCGUGGAGCAGACGGCAGUGACCGGCACUGAGCCUGAAGCAAAGGCCGAGCAAAGUUUUACAUCAACGUCAGCUCUUGUUUCGGCUCUGCAAGCCAAGAUCACUGCUCUUACUUUGGAGAAACAGCAGCUCACUAACUUACUGAAGAAACGUCCAUCCCUCCAAGGAGGUGAGGACCUGAAGGAGACCAGUCGUCCAAAUAGCAUGGCCUCCAAUUCCUCCUUCCACUCCACGCAGGAUGAUUUUGAUUUGCUGCCACAAGCCUCUUCCUCCGGGCCAGUGGAAAGGGAAGGAUCGGAUGUUUCAGGAAGUGUGGCCCUCAGACAGGAAGACAGAGUUGAGGAGGACGAGAGUGAAACUGGGAGGGAAGGGAGCAAAGAGGAGAUCAGGCUGUUGAGACAGGCCCUAGAGAGCGUUCAGACUAAAUUACUGGAAACCCGAAAGGAAAACCGCUCCCUGCAGGCUCAGCUGAAACCUGGUGUCGUCUCGGAGAGAAGCAGAGAAAGAGAGGAAGAUGAAAGAGGGAGGGAGAGAGCAAGAGAGGAAGAGUUGCUGGAGAGUCUCGCAGAGCUUCAGGCUAAACUGACAGAGACCCAGGAGAGGUACCACCAGGCUGUGGAGGAGGUGCAGGAGCUGAGGGCACAGAUGGGGGGAGAAGGAGGAGGAGGAGGAGAGAGAGGAAGUGACUUGGCAGAGAAACAGGAAGUCCAGAGAAACAUCUCUGCUCUUGAACAUGAAGUGAAACAGCUGAAGGCCCAGCUCGCCCAGUCAGGAUCUGAACAGGAAAACGCAGCUCAACAGAUCAGACAGCUGGAGGAGGUGCUUCGGAGGGCAGAGGAGGAAAGAGAGAGUGUGAAGAGAAAAGAACAGGACGGGAGGACAGGACAAAUUGAGGAGCUGUACAAGGAGGCACAGGAGGAGAUUAGGAUGCUCCAGGAGGCCUUAAGGGGUACCGUGCCUGUGGAAGCAGCAGCCAAAGACUUUGAUGAGAUGAAGGCUGAGCUGAACGAGGUAAUCGCUGGGCUGCAGCGCCGCCUGCUGGAACUCUCACACUCCUUCAGUGACACUAAGAGCCAGCUGAGUGCUGCACAGAAGCAGCUGGCCGAGGCCCGAGCCGAGAGCAGUGCAGCCUCCUCUUCCUCCUCAGAGCAGCAGCAGCAGCAGGUGCAGCUGCUGAAGACCCGGCUGGAGGAGCUGCAGACGUUGUUAGCGGAGACAGAGAAGAAAUACUCGGCCGCUCAGCAGGAGAUUUCAGUCCUGAGGCAGGAGGCGGAGGCUCAGGCGCAGGGCUCUGUGGCCCUUGCUGACCACACUCAGGUGGUGUCGUCGCUAGGCAAUGCCAUCAAAGAGCUGGAGAGCCAAUCAGAGGCCCUGAAACAGCAGCUGUCCCAGAAGACCUUGCAGUUGGAUGCUCUUCAGAACAGGCUGCCCGUGGAGAAAGACAUGACCCCAGAUGAUUCAGUCUCCCGUCUGGAGCACGACACCAUGAAAGAGGGACUGGAGGGGGAGGUGAGCCACCUCACGCAGCUCCUCCAGGGGGCCCUGAGGAAACAGGACGAGAUGGCUCUGGAGGCUGCCGCCGCAUGGCAAGAGGCGCGAGAAAGUCGUGCAGAGCGAGAGGCGCUGCAGGAGCUGGUGAUGUCCAGGGAGAAGGAGAACCAGACCCUGACCUCCAGGCUGGCUGAGUCCCAGGACGCUGUCUCUCAGCUCAAACAGCUGGUGGAGAAUCACGUUAGCUCAGAGAGAGAGAAGAACAAGAGGAUAGAUGACCUGUCCCGGGAGGUGGGGAAGUUGAGGGAUGCCUUAAACAGCCUAUCACAGCUGUCCUACAGCUCUGGAUCCCCCUCCAAGAGGCAGCAGCAGAACCAGCAGCUCGAGACGCUGCAGCAACAAAUCAAACAACUGCAGUGCCAACUAGCAGAGUCCAAGAAGCAGCACCAGGAGAUAGUGUCAGUCUACAGGAUGCACCUCCUCUAUGCUGUCCAGGGUCAGAUGGAUGAGGACGUCCAGAAAGCCUUGAAGCAGAUUCUGAUGAUGUGCAAGAUGCCAAACCAAGCCAAGGAAGCCUGCUGAGACACACUGGGCCUGGUUUCCCAAAAGCAUGUUGUCACUGAAACAAAAGCUGAACUGCCGCUGCCAGCUGCAUCCAUCACCUCAUUUUCCUCCUAAACUCCCAAACUCCCAAGUUCCUGGUGCCGAGUACAAGCAAGCCUGACAGCAAAUUACGCCUUUGAAGAACCUGGUUCCUGUUGGCAUUUUGUUACCGAGCAGUAGGUUUACAAUCAAAAGCCUGUGUAUUGUAUGGGCACAUUGUUGUUCACUGACUUUCAGAUGCCAUUUUUGACUCACUUUCUAAGUCAACCAAUAGCAAAAGGUGAUCUUACCACUAAGAUGCUUUGGGGAAACCCGAGUCCAGCACCUUCAGCAUACAGAUACUGUACAGCUGGACAUUCAGGAAACGUCUUGAGUGUACCAGCAAAACUUAUUAUAAUUGAAUUAGGCCAAGUAUGUUCACAUUAACACUAUACUGUAAGUGUGCAGUAUCCCUAAACCUGUGUGUGCAGUCAGAUGUAAACACAUGGGGGCACGCUGAGAGUCAGCAAUGAAAACGCUGAGUUUGAUUUGGUUAGUCUCUGUUACAAAGUCUGUUUGGAGCAAUGAAGUACCGCUGCUGUCGAUAGUAUCUAUUUUUUAUGAAUCAACAGUGUUAGUUCUGUUUUACUUGUCAAAAUGUUUCAUUGUUGUCCACUUUUUCUGGAUACAACCUAAAUUAUUUGCAACUUGAUGCAUGUGACUUUGCUCAAAGCAAGCCCAAAAGUCAGACAGUUGUGUUUCUUUUUUUUUUCUUUCUUUUUUUUUUUUUUUUGGCCGCACUUGUAUGAAGAAAUGCAUGAUACUGUUUCUAUCACUAUUUUCCUAUUAGCACAAACAUUUAUUAAAAAAAAAAUAUUUUAUUGAAUUGUAUCACCAUGUCAUUUUUUUCCAAGUUACUGUAAGAAAUGAACAAUGAAGAGGUGUGAUAGGUAGAUUUUUGAUGGCCUUUUUUUCUUUUUCUUUUCUUUUCUUUCUUUUUUUUUUUUUUUUUGCAAUAAAUGAAAUGCUUUUCCAGAAGUAUAUUAAUGCACUAUGAUGUCUAGUGUCACCUGAAUGUUUAGUUUGUGUAUCAUAUGCACAUUUCUAUAUGGGGUUAAAAAUGAUUGAUUUAACAUAAUGGAAAAACAUACAUAUAUUUUGGCUCUAAUACCUAACAACAGGAUGGGAUCAGUAUAUAAUCAGUGGCAAGAAUGAUAUUAUAGUUCUUACAUUUCAUAUCUUCUCGUCCAGUCUUUUUUGGUCUUCUGUUCAACAAUCAGUUACUUGAAAAGUGAACAAUACGUGUAUGCUGAAAGCCAAACAGUCAGUUUUGCAUAUGCUUCUCUCUCCUGUUGUGUGCCUGCAGUGAGGACGGUAACCAGAGAACCAGACAAUAUUUUUCUGGCUUCAAAUAGAAAAUCACUGACACUCGCGUUUUUUGUUGAAGUUGAUAGCCUGUCAUGUCAACCGACUUUAUCAUACCAGCCUGUUCAUUUAUCACCAUUGAUGGUUUUCCUGUCUUAUUUUGGGGAAAGUUCUACCAUUUACAAUGUUACUUUGUAGGUACGGAUUAACACUGUACAAUAUUUGGGAUUAGAUUUCAACUCCAAACUCCUUUGCCUUAUUAGUCUGAGGUGAUCAGCGUGUUCACAACCAUGACCCUUAGAUAUCACCUUUCUGCUCGUAAUGUGCAUGACACUAAAGCUCUGAACCCUGACUAAAUCACUUAGAUUGAUUAAUUUUGUUAAUUUCAUGUCUGCCUCCUCCACCUUCUCUCACUCAGGAACUUUGUACUGAACAUAAGAUUUUUUUUAGAUCCUGAGUAGAGGCCUAGCUUGUCUUUGAAUGUGUCCUUUUGUUGCUUAGUUUGUAGUCCAUCAUCCUGACUUCUCUCUCAGCAAUGCAGAGAGAUAAAUAGGCCUUGUCUGAAUUGUCUUUUAUCAGCAAAGGGAUGAGAAGGAAACAACUCUCCUGAUGGUUGUUUCUUUAUCAGUUGUUUUGUAGUGGAAAAAAACAAGUUUGGUAAUUGCAAUUUU